CUAGAAGAGUCAACGCUCGACGUUUCUAGAGUACCUCAACAAACCAAUCAAAUUCCACACGCUGCACCUCCGUUUUCUUAACCACUGCCUUCCGCCGAAAUCCGUGCCGUGUGAAUCGAAUUCCUUUCUCACCUCCUAUAAGAGGGAUCGCCUAUCUGGAGAACAACCAUCAUUUCAUCAUCGACCAAUACUUUCUCUGGCGACGAAAACUUCUUCAGAUCUUACCUCUGAUUUUCGAUUGAUUGCUCCCUGCAGCGAAAUCGGUUCGGUUAUGGCUCAGGCGGACAUGAACGUGCAACAGGAAAUUACUACUAUGGAUGAAGAGAGUCUAAAAUACCUGGAAUUCGUGCAAGUGGCGGUGAUUCAUGCGGCGAUGUGCUUCGUGAAUCUCUACGGUUGCGCCAAGGAGAGGUCAGGCCCGUUGAAGUCCGGUGUGGAGACGAUUGAGGGAACGGUUAAGACAGUCGUUGGACCAGUCGUCCAUAAGUACCACGACCUCCCGAUUGAGCUCCUCAAAUUUGUCGAUCGCAAGGUGGAUGAAUCCGUGAUUGAGAUUGAUCGUCGUGUUCCUCCAGUAAUCAAGCAAGUGUCCUCUGAUGCCAUUUCGGCUGCUAAAAAGGCUCCGGAAGUUGCACGGUCGGUGGCUUCCGAGGUGCAGCAUACUGGAGUGCUGAACACCGCCUCUGGAAUAGCCAAAUCUGUUUACACUAAGUGCGAGCCCACGGCCAAGGAGCUUUACACAAAGUAUGAACCCAAGGCAGAACAAUGUGCCGUGUCCGCUUGGCGCAAGCUCAACCAGCUCCCCCUCUUCCCUCAAGUGGCACAGGUGGUCGUCCCCACCGCUGCCUAUUGCACUGAGAAGUACAACCAGACUGUGGUUAUCACCGCUACCAAGGGUUACCGGGUAUCCUCUUACCUGCCAUUGGUGCCAACAGAGAAGAUUGCUAAGAUUUUUAGUGAAGAGAAACCUGAAACAGAGCCGUUAGUUUCCGGAAAUUGAUAUUUUCUUGGUUUGUUUAUUCUCUUGUUUUUGUUCAGUACUGUGUGUAUGCGGAUAGCUUAUAUGGUAUUUUUCUUUUUUAUGUAUCCAUGGUUUUUCUCCUUUUUAUGGUAUCUUGAUGAAAAUUUGGUGGCCAUUCUAAUUCUAAUAGAUUUGUUGAUACAUA